GAGAUUCGGCUUACGCAGUCGGCCAUCCUCGACGGGUCCCGACCGCCAGUCGCCAGUCUCUUCGUGACGUAGUCGCGGCAUAGACGUUCCUGCAGACAGACGGUCCGAAGCGAUGUCAGGAAAAUCGAUUUCCUACCCCCACCACCACGGCGGUGGCUCAGCCGACACGACGGCCGAGCGCAGACAGCACCAGUCGAGGCCCGAACUCAGGCCACAGAACACAACUAUGGCAACGUGUUAUCCCGUGUCUUAUGAGCUGACAUCACCAGCUCAACGGACAGUGCCAGUGCCUCCCGUGCAAAAAGACUAUUCCCGGCCGUUACAUGUGGAUUGCAGUGUGGAGUACGAGCUGCCGAACGCGGCGAAACCGCCCCAAGGUGUCCGGAACGAACCGCUGCUCAUGAUCCAUCCCUGCUAUUUCCGCAAGAUCGAGAGCCAACGACGGAGCCCCUUCAUCAACAACCUCCCCGCUAGGCCGGCGACGGCUUUGAAAAGGAGAGCUCCCCGAGGACAACAGCUGCCUCAGCAAGUGCCUGUCCAAGCAGCUCCGUAUCCUGUUCAAUACCAGACCCAGGAUCGGUCCUUAUGGGAUCCACAACCACCCAUGGCUCAACCGUACUGCAAGCGAGAGAUCUUGACUUCAGCCUGUGCGAUGUACAGCACCCCCGCAUCGAGUCGCGAUUCCGGCCACUGGACUGAUCCGGAUUCACCGGAUCGGUCUUCGGAGGACAAACACAUCCUGUCCGGCAAGUACCGGCAGUACCUCAGGGCGCACCGGCUGCAUCCCUACGUGAGUUCGGCUAUUCCGCUGGCCUCCACCUUUCCCCAUCAGAUUCAGCAAGUGUGCUACAAUGUGUGAUCGCUGUGAUAUGUCUCUUUGCCGGUCGACGGCUGGUUUUAGUGGUUUUAUCUGCUCUUUUUGUGAUAAUAGUGUGUAAUUGUGCCGCCGCUGGCCGCAGAUGGUGGCGCAGGCGUCCCGACGUCCCGACGGGCGUGGUAGUAGUGAUCCAGAUGAUACAUCAGCUGUGCGAGUGUUUAUCUUCGGCUAAUCGCCCAGGAUACUUUGAUUUAUGUGGAUUAGUGAGCCUAUUUGUCUCUGUACAACGUCAAGAGGUGUGGUAUCUGCGACAAGUUUGCAUUUUCUCGUUCUUUGGUAGAGAUUAAGACUGUACCGAAAGUACACUUUAAAUCCUUGCGAAGAAAUAUAGCUUUAAUAUUAUUCCAAUUCGAAAAUGUUUAAAAAACAUACAUGUCUCAAAGUUACACUUCGGCAGAAAGGCCAUUCCAUUCUAUAAUUUAUUAUUACAGUUUGUUUCAAAUCUGGUAAAAUAUAAAAACACUGAAUGCAUGGAUAAAAACAUACAUUUAUUAGUAAAUAAUACUUUUACCAAAUCCAGAACGAACUACGAUCAGAAUUAUAGUUUAGAUCUGCUUUAAACCGAAGUAAAAACCUGUCUCCGACACUAAAAAAAUUCUGUAAAAUCAACGAAUUAAAUUUCUCUGUUUAAUUGAACUUUAUUAGUUAAUUUUUCGUUGUUUUGUUGAUGUUUUUUUUGUAAAUAUAUAUCCAACCAUUUCAUGUAAAAAUUAGAAUCCACAAAAAUAAAGCUUUAAUGUUCAUACUCUACACAUGUCGUGUGCCAUUUUCUUUGUAAAUUUCGAUAUCUUAUUAAUUUCAGAUAUGUGUGUGAUUACAAAAAAUAUUUAAAUAGAUAACAUCAAAUUACUUCUAAUUGUAUUUUUAUAUUAUGCCAAUUCCGCUGUGCGGGCCAAAUCAUUCUCUGGCAACUCGUCUCAAAGUUUAAUGUAUCCAAUCGGGAAGAAUCAAAUCACCAUCCGUUCGUAAAUGUUAAGCAUCUGGAAUGACAAGAAAAUCAUUUGGAUGAGAAAUUGCCAUUACUCUAUUUUCAGUCGGAUGUAAAUGCCAAAUGCCAUAUUACAUCAAUAGAAAUUGAAAUAUUCCAUUGCGGUACAUACAAAAUUUCUUGUACAUGUAUUGCUUUCAAAAAAUGCAAUAAUUUAGGGUUUAUAACACGCCAGAAUCGAAGUUUGAGUUUGUAAUGAAAACAACUUAUUAUAAGUUAAUAAUUGAAAAUGCGGAUGUUUCUAACUAUUAGUUAUAAUUUAAUUAAAUGAAACUGUCGCAAACUACUUCCUAUUAGCAAUUAUUGUGAGGAUCUAAUUUCAGGUAAGUCCAAUCAUUUAUUAACUUUUUAUCCUGGUUUAUAACAGGGUGCAAAUAUUUAAAUUAACUUGAUUAAUUAAAUAAAAAAAGUCAACAAAAACUUUUGAUAAAUUGAAAAAUAACUGUGAAAGUUAUAAAAAAAUUUCUAUAAAGCUAUAAACAUUAUUCUUAUAAACAAAUAAACCCUAUAUCUAUCCAUGAAGUACAAAGUUACACUUGCUGUUGUAACAUUUAAAUAAUUUUAAAAAAUCGAAAAAUAAUAAUUAUUUUUCGAUUAGAUUAGGUUGAACUUUUAUGUUAUAAAUUUUACAAUUAUUGUAAAAUUUAUAACAUAGAACACGUAUACCUACUUAACAUCUAUUCAUCUAUCAAAAUUGAGAUUAAAAUGUUGGGCCGAUUUUUGAAGUUAUUUUGUGUGAAUCCAUUUAACUUCUAAAUGGCAGAGGUUUAUUUUGAACUCGUGAAGUGACAGUAAUUCUGUAUUCGAAUACAUUCAAUUCGUAAACUCUAAUACUGAACUAACUUCUUCUGGUGUCAGAAUAUAUUUUUAUUUCCGAAGGCUAUAAUCAAUAUCAAAAAAUAUGCUGGUGUCAAAAAAACUGUUUUAUAUCUUUUUUGAAACAACUUUAUGUUGAUCAAGCCAACUUCUGUCUUUUAGUUCAUUCCAAAUUUGUAUCGACAAAUUGUUCAGCAGUAAGUACUUUGCACUCCGAACAUUAGAUAAUACUAAUUUUAUUCCCAACUUAAGACAGUCUUGGUCAUUUUCCAAAAAAUUCCUUUGAUCUAAGCAGGCGACUUUUUUUGAGGAAAUCGAGGCAUCGGCAAAGUUUACAGAAUAAAAUAUAUCGGCGACCGAUGCGAUGUGGAAAAACGACACGCGUCGUAGAAAUGUUAAUCGAUAUCGGGCAGAGUUACGAAGAUUUAGCCAUUAGAAAAAAACGAUUAAAAUUAAAAAAAAUCUUGAUUUUUUGCACACCCUAGUUUAUAAUUACCUUGUUGUGAAGUUAAAGAUAAACAAUAAUAUCAUUAAGUCCUGAAAAUCAAAUUGAAAAAGAAGUUUUUUCAAAAGUUUCUAAUAACAGAUUUAAUCUUGAACAGAUUCAGUCUAUUUUCUGAAUGAACUAAAAAACUUAUACUUACGUUAUCGAGAAAUAAAUCUUUUUGCAAUAAAAUCCCAUUUUCUCCAGCAGUCAUAAGUUCAUUAACAUAUUUAUUUUUAGUAAUAAUUGCUUUUAGGAAAAACGUUAGAAAUGUUUGUUCAGCAUUUAGAAUAAUAUUUAAACACGUGGAACAUCGUCAUAUUCUUCUAUUCCGAGAAAAAAUACAAUUAUAGAAGUCAUUGUAAUUAAUACAGAAACAUCCGGCAUUUUAUUAAAGCGAUUGGUGUAACGACCUCACAAUUAAAAUUUUAUUAUGCUAAAAGAUUCGUCAUACAUAUAGCACAUAUUUUUAUUUCUUUUCAUUAUUUCUUAUAUGAGAAAAGUCAUAUAACCUUUUAUAGUUUGUUUUUCAUGGGUUACCCCAUCAGACUGUACCUAAAUCUUCGUCUAAUGGAAAUAAAUUAGCUUAUGACGGUGCAGAAGCUAUUAAUUAAAAAAGUUUAAUUAUGAAUUACAUCAGCCAUUCAGACCAAGAUGGAAUCUAGAGGUAAUCAAUUUAAGAAAGUUUUUGGAACCGUCGCCUAAGUAUAAAGUUAAAAUUUGCUUAUUACUUUGAGAACAUCGUUUUCUUAUGAAGUUAGUGCGAUUUCAGACAGUUAUUGUGAUGAAUUUGACUUAUUUAUUUGAAUUCCAUUAACUGGUUCUCCUGCAUUAACCGGUUUUUAAUCUUUAUUGACCUUCUAACAUAAACUACUUCACAAUCUUUUGGAGAGAUAUUUUAUUAACAAUUCAUAUGGAUUAUUUUAUAUUUUUUGGUAUCUUUUUAUGUUAAAAUAACAAAAAAUAUAUAAAUUUACAUUUUUGAACAUUUUUUUGAUUGUUUUUUUCAAAUUUGAAAUACUGGAACUCCAAUAAAAUCUUACAUUUCAGUAUGUAUAUCUUUUUUUCUUACAGUUCAGUAUGAACAUUUUAUUUUUGAUGGAAUUUUGAUCUUUGAUACUUUAGAAAGAAAAAGUUUUCAACCAAUCAAUUUUGAUAUUAUCUAUACGUUACAUAACAUUAAAUUGAUUAUUACAACUUUUUUUUCAAAGGUCUCAAAGACUUCUUAUAUUUCCAUUAAGAGUGGUGCGACCCGCCUCAGUUUCCGUUUAGUGUCCAGGUUUUGCACGCAUAGGCCAUGACUGGUAGUACACAUUGGUCGAAUGUUUUCUUCUUUAGAUUCUUCUUUAGAUUUAGAUCUUGUAUUAUAAUAUUAUAUUUUGUAAAAAGUUUAAAAAUUUAGAUUCUUCACUUUUUCAAAUCAAUCAUUUUCAUUUCCAAAAAAAAUUCAAAUAAUGAAUUUUCCAAAACCAUACAUGUCUGUAAGUAUUAAAUUUAAACAGCAGUCAAGGACAGAACCGGUAUUAUUUUGUAAUUGUUAAACUAAAACUCUAUUUCAUCAGUAAUAACCAGAUUCAGGUCAAGCAAUUUGCUCAGUCUUGUUUAAAUUUGAUUAAAAAUCCCCAUUUUCUAAAAACAUGGUUGCUUUGAGCAUAGGAUUAGUUGCCAUAUAAAAACCUUAAUAAAAAAAGGUCAUCAAAUACUUGUACAAUAAUUUCAUCUUAUCUGAGAAUCUUGAAACUUCAUUUUUGUAUCAAAUCUUUAUCUUAUUACAUUUAUUUAGUACUUAAAUUAAUAAAAUUACUUAUAAAAUUGUUAUUUUUGUGUUGUGGAAAUUCUGUUAUUAAUAUUGUUUCUCCGAAGUACUUUAUCCAAAUAAAAAAUAUCUUAGAAUAUGUCAUUGCUAAUGAUUAAUGUAAAAUAUCAAUUUAAUUGUCCAUUUCUCAUAACUGCCUCUCUGAAAUUGCUCACUGAUAAAACUAAUAACAUUACAUUCAAACAAGAUCUAUACGCUUAUCAAAUUAAUUGUUGUUAUUUCUGAGUCAUUUAAACUGCCUAUCAUAACAAAAAAACAAAAAAUGUGUUAAUUAUUUGCUUUAGGUUUACUUUUAUCUUUUUUUUUUGUUUUGUUUCUCGGUCUCGCAACAAAACGAUGUUCUCAUUAAAAUUUCCCCUUCGCGUUUCGUUCAUGAAUAAAUAUGGCUUCCAUCUCGGUCUGCGACUGAAAACUGUCAAUUUAAUCAAGUUGGCCUUGGCCUUUUAAGUUCUGAACACAGGGAUAUGUAAUUAUUAGUUAUAAAUAACAAAAGGACUUAAAUAAUCAUAUUUUUUUAGUGUAUUUGAUAUAUGAAUCAUAUAUCAAGUUAAUUUAUAGUGGCAUUAAAGCUCGGCAUAUGGUUCUCAUAACAUUUAGAUCAUUUAAAUUUGUGAAAUUUAAUGUGAAAGUACGGAAAUUACUUUUAUAGUGUGUUUUGCCUUAGGUUACUAAACCUUUUCAUUACUCUAAUUAGAUGAAAAUAUACUUUGUAUCUGUGGUAGGUUUAAAAACCGUUUUAGCGGAAAGAACUUGUCCCUGUUUCUAAAAGUAUCAUAAAAAGAGAAAAUGAAGCAAACCAAAGAUUACUCGAUAAAUAUGUUCGUUUUUAGCGUGUUGCAAUUUUUAUAUUUAGUUUGAUUAUUUAUAAUUAUAUCGUGUGAUUCUUAAAAGUGGCUCACCCCUAUAACUUUUUUAUUUAUCCAGAUAAA